AUGAUGUGUCCUCCGCUGCCAGGUCAGGUUCUUGUGGAGCCAGCAGUGACCGCUAAUGGUCUGAUAGCUCAGGGUGCCGUGGAGGCGUCUCCUGCCAACAAGAGCUCAACCGAAUAUAGGGAGAAGAAAGGACUUUGUGGUUUCCUCAGGAGGGUGUGGAAGGCUAUGAAACGGCAUUUCGGCUGCCGUUGUCACUGCAGUGCUGUGAAUGUUGUGGAGCCUUUCAUCCCUCCACCAGAUCUGGACCCAGAGCCUGACCCAGAUCACUCAGCCGUCAAGCACAAUCAUGAGUCCUUUGCUUCUCUCUUCGAGGUAGGAGAGAUGAUUGGGUCCGGGGGAUUUGGCAGGGUGUACGAGGGAAUGCGGAAGCUUGAUGGCAAAAAGGUUGCCAUCAAGCAGAUCAGCAAGACUGACAACAAUCGUUAUCUUGCUAUACCUGGGCAUCCCGAACCUCUCGUAACAGAAGUGGCGCUGCUUCUAAUGAUGAGGCAAGAACCCAGAAGCCCCCACGUCAUACAGCUGUACGAGUGGUUUGAACACCCUCGAAAAUUCACUCUCGUCAUGGAGUACCCCGAACCUUGUGAGAGCUUGUUGGACUUAAUGCACCGUAGCUUUGAGCUUGAUGAACCAACGGCACAGGUCAUCAUGAGACAGGCUGUGCUGGCAGUACAACACUGCAUCGAACAUGGCGUCUUUCAUAAUGACAUUCAUCCGGGAAACUUCCUGAUCAACAAAAACACGCUAGAGCUCAAGCUGAUUGACUUUGGGUGCGGUCAGCUUCUUAGUAGUGACGGCUACGAGAGCAGAGUAUACUUUGGAUUAAGAACUUACUACCCACCUGAAGUCUUCACGGAUAGGAGAUUCCACGCCGUCCCAACAAAUGCCUGGGCUCUAGGCGUGUUGUUAUAUGAGAUGACGAACGCAUGUCCUCCUUUUGUCAGUAGAAAGGAACUCACACGGGGCAAAGUUAUAUUUGUGAACCCCAACUUAUCCAAAGGAAAUAACAAACUUGCUGUCCUUGGUGGAGGGCUUGAGCUCGUGACGUGACCCGAAGCUCGAAAUCCAACUCGCCAGGGAACUCACGCCGCCACACCAGAGAGCUCAGAGCCUGGCAACACGGGGGAUC